AUGGACAGAACUGGAAUGCCUCAAUCAUCAAAGGCGCAGAGUAGACCUAUCAGGCGAGUUAUAGGAGCUCGUAUCCUCGCAUCUAAGUACGACCCCUCCAAAUUGUUUGACAUUGCGAUUGGCGAUCGCCACAUUGUCGAUGUCUCUUUUCAUGAUCCCAAAAGUGUCCCCUCAACAUUACCAAUUGACAUACUUGAUGCAAGAGGGUGUCUCAUUACGCCGAGCCUCUGCCAUCCCCAUGUUCACCUCGAUAAAGCGUUCUUGAUGAGCGAUCCCAAGUUUGCAGAUUUAAAGCUCGAAAGAGGAGACUUUGCUGAGGCGAUGGAAUUGGGACGGAAAGCUAAAGAAAGAUUUUCCCAUGAAGAUUUGACAAGAAGGGGAAGAUGGCUUGUCGCGGAAAGUGUCUCUUCCGGAGUCACUUAUAUGCGUGCGUUUGCCGAAGUCGAUGAAUCUGUCGGAUUCAAGUGUUUGGAGGCCGCUAUAGAGCUUAAGGCUGAAUUUGCUCAAUAUUGUGAGAUCCAAAUAUGUCUCUUUGCGCAAGAGCCGGUUAUGUCAGGGCCUCGCGGACGUCAAAACCUCGAACUGUUCCUUAAAGCUAUGGAAUACCCGGAGGUCGAGGUGAUAGGUACAACACCGUAUGUGGAGGAGGAAUCGUUCAUUCACACGAAUAUCAAAUAUGCAAUAAAUUUGGGCAAGGCAUUCAAGAAACAUGUGGACUUGCAUCUUGACUACAAUCUCGACCAGGCGCAAGCGCCACGGAUUGGAGAUGUCAUCAGGGAGAUCCGAUUCUCAAGUUGGAGACCAGUGGACGAGUGCGUUGUUGCAGGCCACUGCACGCGAUACUCCUUAUUUUCUCAAGAGCAGUGGGAAAACCUAGCAAGGAGCAUUAGGAAUAAUGAACUCCCAAUCUCCUUCAUAGGCCUCCCAACCUCCGACCUUUUCAUCCAAGGUAGACCUCCCGAUGCAUCUGGCGGUGGUGAGCGGGCCCGUGCAACGCUCCAGAUACCACAAAUGAUACAACAAUACGGUUUGGAGGGCGCGAUCAGCAUCAACAACGUGGGUAACGCGUUUACACCACACGGAUCAUGCGAUCCUCUUCAGCUAGCAAGCUGGGGCAUAGGUCUAUAUCAAGCCGGCACGACGACAGAUAUUGAGUGCUUGUUUGAAUGUGUUAGUUCCAGAGCUAAGAAGGCAAUCGGCAUCAAGGGUAGCGGAGGAAUUGAGGUUGGCGCCAAAGCUGAUAUGGUCAUUUAUGGAAGUCCGAAUGGUAAUGACAGGGUACCUCUCUCGAGACAAAGACCGCGGCUGGGACUCCAGGACCUUGUGUGUGAUCCGCCAAAUAUCAGAGACCGGAGGGUGAUUUUCAAUGGAUGCUUAGUUGAAUUAUAG